AUGCACAUUAAAUUAGGAGACACUCAUACUGCUAAUACUGUUGAUACUGAUACUGCCGCUACUACUGCUACUACAGCCACUACUGCUGCUGCUGCUACUAUUACUACCGCUACCACUACCGCUGCUACCAUCGUGCUGUCACUAUUGCACUCACAAGCACAUAGUGUUUUAAUCAAGGAGGAGUUGAACGUUUGGGAGUGA